AUGCAUCAUCGAUUGUUUUCUUUUGGCGCCGCUGAUGAUGGUCACAAUAGCUGUCUUAUUCGACAGCUGCAGUUCCAGGGAAGCAUUGUCCGAUUCCUUCUUGUGCAACUUGAGACGCACAAUGCUCCAACGGUUCGAUGUAGCUUUAGUGCCAACAUCAAAAGACAGAGGUCAACAUCGGAAAGACAGAUGCAAGCCGCUGCCUUUGACAACCUGGAACAUGAUGUAUCAUUAGUUUUGGUCCGUUUGGACCAAAUUGUCAAAGCCCAUCGACCAUUUGGAGUCUGCUGGAUCAUCCUGACAAGCUUUAGAGAAGAGGAAAAGCAGGCUCAAGCCUCUUUCUUUGUUAAUUCAUCCAUGUCGAGGCCUUGGACACCCUCGGGUCACGACACUAAUCUACAAAGAUGCAGCGUGUACUCUGUAAUUAGGUGGUUACCCAAAUUGAUCACCCUGUGGCUGGCCAUGAUUUUCAAGGUAAAGGAUAUGCGAGCGAGCGGUGAGCUACAUAGUAUCUUGUCGCUGCCGAUCACCAGAGGCGAUUACGGCCGUGGCUUGUCUGCAGGGGGACAAGACAGUGGACAGGGAAAAGAAGAAAUUCCCUUCCGCCAGCGGGCAGUAAGUGUGUCAUACAUAGCGUAG